UAACGGACGUUUAGUGGAGAAGCACCGGGGUCGCUGUGUGCUGCUAACGGAAGGUCGACUGUUGUUUAUCCGGUAGUUAGAGCCUCUCACGUCGUCGUUGGAGAACCGCAACGAUGGCGAGCAAUUCAGCUAAACAGGGACCUAAGUUAGUCUCCAAGUCCUCGGCUGGAGGCGGCGGGGCAGCGGGGCUCGGAGGCGGACUCCCGAUAAUGCCCCUCGCCUCUCCGCUGAUGGGGAAGAAGAAGAAGCCGUUCCUCGGGAUGCCCGCUCCGCUGGGCUACGUCCCGGGUCUGGGCAGAGGUGCAACUGGUUUCACCACCCGAUCUGAUAUCGGUCCUGCUCGUGAUGCCAACGACCCAGUGGAUGACCGGCAUGCACCUCCAGGGAAGAGGACGGUGGGGGACCAAAUGAAAAAGAACCAGGAUGAUGAUGAUGAAGAUUUGAACGACACAAACUAUGAUGAGUUUAAUGGAUACGCGGGUAGCUUGUUCUCCAGUGGGCCCUAUGAGAAGGAUGAUGAAGAAGCAGAUGCUAUAUAUGCAGCACUGGACAAGAGGAUGGAUGAAAGACGCAAAGAAAGAAGGGAGCUGAGAGAAAAGGAAGAGAUCGAGAAAUACCGUAUGGAGCGACCCAAAAUCCAGCAGCAGUUUUCAGAUCUAAAGAGAAAGUUGGCAGAGGUGUCAGAGGAGGAGUGGCUGAGUAUUCCUGAGGUGGGAGAUGCCAGGAAUAAGCGGCAGAGAAAUCCCCGCUAUGAGAAACUCACCCCUGUGCCCGACAGCUUCUUCUCCACACACCUGAAGACCGGAGAGAACCAUACCUCUGUUGACCCUCUGCAAGGGCUGGGAGGUCUGAACACACCUUACCCAGGAAGCAUGACACCAGGGACAGGAGAGCUGGACAUGAGGAAAAUCGGUCAAGCCAGGAACACACUCAUGGACAUGAGGCUCAGCCAGGUGUCUGACUCAGUGAGCGGACAGACAGUGGUGGAUCCUAAGGGUUACCUGACAGAUCUCAACUCCAUGAUCCCCACACAUGGAGGAGACAUCAGUGACAUCAAGAAGGCUCGUCUGCUACUGAAAUCGGUGAGGGAGACCAAUCCUCACCACCCGCCUGCCUGGAUUGCCUCUGCCAGGCUGGAGGAGGUGACCGGCAAACUGCAGGUGGCCAGGAACCUGAUCAUGAAAGGCACAGAGAUGUGUCCUAAGAGUGAGGAUGUGUGGCUGGAGGCAGCCAGGCUUCAGCCCGGCGACACAGCCAAAGCCGUGGUAGCCCAGGCUGUCCGCCACUUGCCGCAGUCCGUCCGCAUCUACAUCAGAGCUGCAGAGCUGGAGACAGACAUCAGGGCCAAGAAACGAGUCCUCAGAAAGGCCCUGGAGAAUGUGUCCAAGUCAGUUCGACUGUGGAAGACAGCCGUUGAGCUGGAGGAGCCGGAGGAUGCCAGGAUUAUGCUUAGCAGAGCCGUGGAGUGUUGCCCGACUAGUGUGGAGCUGUGGCUGGCACUGGCCCGGUUAGAGACGUACGAGAACGCCCGGCGUGUCCUGAACAAAGCUCGAGAGAACAUCCCAACCGAUCGCCACAUCUGGAUCACUGCUGCCAAGUUGGAGGAGGCCAAUGGCAACACUCAGAUGGUGGACAAGAUCAUUGACAGAGCCAUCACUUCUCUACGCGCCAACGGUGUGGAGAUCAACAGAGAGCAGUGGAUACAGGAUGCAGAGGAGUGUGACAAAGCAGGCAGUGUGGCUACAUGCCAGGCCGUGAUAAGGGCCGUCAUAGGGAUUGGCAUUGAGGAGGAGGAUUGCAAACACACCUGGAUGGAGGAUGCAGAUAGUUGUGUUUCCCAUGGAGCGCUGGAGUGUGCCAGGGCCAUCUAUGCCCAUGCUCUGCAGGUGUUCCCCAGUAAAAAAAGUGUCUGGCUUAGAGCUGCCUACUUUGAGAAAAAUAACGGCACCAGGGAGUCUUUGGAGGCCCUACUCCAAAGGGCUGUGGCUCACUGUCCCAAGGCAGAGGUCCUGUGGCUGAUGGGUGCCAAGUCCAAGUGGCUGGCUGAGGAUGUACCCGCCGCCCGAAGUAUCCUCGCUCUGGCCUUCCAGGCUAACCCAAACAGUGAAGAGAUCUGGCUGGCUGCUGUCAAACUGGAGUCUGAGAAUAACGAGUAUGAAAGAGCCCGUCGACUGCUGGCCAAGGCCCGCAGCAGUGCCCCAACAGCCAGGGUGUUUAUGAAGUCAGUGAAGUUGGAGUGGGUGUUGGGGAACAUAGACGCUGCCCAGGAGUUGUGCACCGAAGCCCUAAAGCACUACGAGGACUUCCCCAAACUUUGGAUGAUGAGAGGGCAGGUAGAAGAGCAGGGUGAAAACAUGGAUAAGGCCAGAGAAGCCUACAACCAAGGGUUGAAAAAGUGUCCCCACUCGGUGGGCCUGUGGUUGCUGCUGUCUCGCCUUGAAGAGAGAAUUGGACAGCUGACCAGAGCCAGAGCAAUCCUGGAGAAGGCACGACUCAAGAACCCCCAGGGCCCCGAGCUAUGGUUGGAGUCGGUCAGGCUGGAGUUCCGGGCUGGACUAAAGAACAUCUCCAACACACUGAUGGCCAAAGCCCUGCAGGAGUGCCCCAAUUCAGGUAUCCUGUGGGCUGAGGCAGUGUUUUUGGAGGCCAGGCCUCAGAGGAAGACUAAGAGUGUGGAUGCUUUGAAGAAGUGUGAACAUGAUCCCCACGUUUUGCUCGCUGUAGCCAAAUUGUUCUGGAGUGAGCGUAAGAUCACCAAAGCCAGAGAGUGGUUCCUGAGGACAGUGAAGAUCGAGCCAGACCUGGGAGACGCUUGGGCUCUCUUCUACAAGUUUGAGCUGCAGCAUGGCACAGAGGAACAGCAGGAAGAGGUGCGAAAGCGCUGUGAGAAUGCGGAGCCCCGCCACGGAGAGCUGUGGUGUGCCGAGUCCAAACACGUCCUGAACUGGCAGAAGAAGACGGGAGAGAUAUUAGCGGAGGUAGCCAACAAGAUCAAGAACACAUUCUGAGACACAUGGGGAAAUUUGGACUGAAAACACCUGGAGGACUCUGGCAAUCACCAGUCUGUGAGGAAACAGCUAUAGACACGCUCAACCAUGGUUCUCUACCAGGACUCUGUGGCAGAUACAAAGUAUUCAAAUAUACCCCCUUACCUUUUUCAGGUUUUAUUGUUGUACAAAAUGGAAUCACGGUUUGUGUAGUUAUCAACUGAGAAGCAUAAGUUCAAGAUCGUUGACCUGCAAUUUUCAAGUUCUCAGACAGAUUGAGGUCAGGACUUUGACUUGGACAUUUCAGGACAUAAUAUUGUUGUGUUGUUUUAAGCCCUUCCUCCGUAGCUUUGUGUUUGAGGUGUCUGCCUUGCUGGGAAGUAAACCUUCUCCCAAGUCUGCUCAGUAUAAGGUUACCUCAGCCACUUGAUGAUGGAGAGGGUGUGUUCCUGGUAAGGUGGCUUCUUUUGCUUUCCCAAAAAAAUAUAGUUCAGUAUGAUGAGUAUCAUUUUGGUCUCAUUAGACCAUAUGAUCUUCCUCCACUUUGUUUCAGUCUCCUGGCAAACACUAUCCUUGCAACAUCAUGCUGCGCCUGGUGAAUCACCAGUUGAAUCACCAGUUGUUGUUUGAAUAGUUGUCUGAAUAACUACAGAGAAACACACCUACUCUACUGAGCUGCUGGCUGAAUUCAUGAAUCUGGAAAUCAACCUUUAACACAUUUUCUAGAGGCAAAAUUUUGAUUUACAGAUUCAUAAAAUAAAUGAUUGCAUCAGAGUUGUGUGCAGCUUUUAGCUUCUGAUGUAUAUAUGUAUGUAUGUAUGCACGCAGUGUCUCCCAUCUCAGCCAUGAAACCCUGUCGCUCCUUCAGUUAUGCUAUCCAUAUUGAGCAUAUUUGAAAUUUUCAUAUCCAGUAACUUUUGUUAUGCGGACCAUGUGAAAUACAUGUGAUACUGGUUUAUUGUUAUUGUGAUCCACAUGGUAUUUUGUUUAACUGCUGCACAAGCCGUUGAUUCAGGUACGCAUAAGCAGCAUGUGCCGGUUCUGUGUGCCGAAUUGAAAAGGAGUGAAAACCAUGCCCAACCGCCACUGUACCGAUCCUCUUGCCACUCCUUGAUUUCACACAGGUGAUCUCCGUGCAACAUAUAAUGUGAAUUCUAAUAAUAAGUGGUUGCGCUAGUAAUGAUGUAGGUGUGUUAUAGUAAAGGAGGUUAAACCUUAGAGGCAACCAGUUAUUUUGUUUUUAUAUUUGUACUAAAUUAGGAUCCAGAUGAAUGCAUUGUUUUGUUUUCACUUUGACAUUAGUCUAUUUUUCUAUUUUUCUGCUGAUUCGUGUUGAAAAUCUAAUUUCAGUCAUCGUGAAUUUUGUGAAAAAUGUAGAACAAACCUGAAAAAAAAUAGGCAUUGUAAGAGAGAAGUAUACAAAAUACACACAGGUUGAUUCCACCUUUACAGUAUGUUUGCAAUAAACUCUUCAUGGAUUGGAAAGUGCUUUAGUUUUUGAGAGCACAACAGUGUUUUUCAUAUGCUCCUAGGUUUCCUACAUAUGAAAUGGAUUCUUGUAUAAAAAUAUUUUACUGCAAAAGUAGUUAAAUUGACAGAUAUUGUCACACAACCCAUAAAUAAAAGAAGUGCAAAAUAAAGCCAGGCCGAAUGGGAGAUGGUACACCAAAA